AUGGCCGGCAAGGUUCUCCCUCCGCCACUCAAUCUUCUUACAUUGUACCCUCAGUCCCUUGGAUUCCUGCAGCGUGAUGGUAACGUUGAUGUUGAUGACAUAACACCCGAGACGACGUAUGUUCUCCGCAAGCAUCAGCGUCUUGUUAUCGGCAAGUUUGUGCCGGACGCAAACAACGAGGACCCGUCAAACCCAAAGUAUGUGCCGCCGGUGUCGGUCAGGACGCGGCAGCGGCUGCCGAUGAUCCCGCGCUCACGCGGAAGUCACUCACGCUCGCUUAUUUUCUCAGAGGAAGACUUGUCAUCAUCAGAGGUCACGCUGCUGGAGGAUAUGUCGUGCUCGAAAAGAGCAGCACAGGCGGCAACAGAGAAAAUGAAUUACACCGUGGUGGAACCGCUCUACCCGCUUUCUUCUUGUAGUCUCUUCUUCUCUAUACACUACAGCAACCGUUCGAAAAACAAAUCUGGCGACGCGCGGACCCCCAGUCAGUUAAAUAAUGCCUAUCAUGGUCGCGACCGCACCAACUUUAGACUAAGCACUCUCUCUGUGCAGAAGAAUAACCUCAACAGAAUGUGCCUGUACAAACUUGGGCCUGGUGCCGUGGCGUUCAAAGUGGUCAUUGAUGCCUUUGAGGCAUCGGGUAUGAAGUACACUCCUUCAAAUGAACUCUUUAACGUGAUAUGGGCGAAGCGGGCCACACCGUACACUUUAGCUCAUCUUGGUCCGUACCAAAAAGUUAACCAUUUCCCAGGAACGUGGGGAAUUGGACGUAAAGAUAGUCUGGCCAGCAACAUCGCUAAGAUGCAGGGAUAUUUCGGCUUUGAUACGUUUGAGAUUAUUCCAACAACGUUUCUUAUCCCUAAACAGAGGGUCGAACUUGGGGAAUACGUAAAACGUCAGCCAGAUACAAGUGAGGAUCCGCUGAUCUUUAUAAUAAAACCCAGCGCUUCUAGCUGUGGGCGUGGCAUUCAUUUAUACCACGGGAUGCCGCCCAUGCCAACAGGGGUUCGUCAGAUGGUCUGCCAGCGGUACGUCGGGAAUCCCAUGCUGAUCUACGGACGAAAGUUUGAUCUUCGACUCUACUGCGUCGUGACGUCAUUCGAUCCAUUGCGUAUAUUUCUCUUUGACGAAGGUCUCGUGCGAUUUGCUGCGCAGAAAUAUCCCGGUAUGGACAAGGAUUUAGAUAAUAUUCAGAUGCACCUAACUAACUACUCAGUCAACAAAACUUCUGAGCUAAAUCGGGCUAGUCGCGGCAAGGAGUACCACUCAGAUGACCCCAUAGACAUAAAAUGGUGUCUUUCCGAUCUGCGUGAGUUCUUGGUAAAGAACUCCAAGGAUGGCCAGCAAACAUGGGAUAAGAUUAUGCGCGGCUGUGAGGACGUUGUUAUUAAGGCCUUCCUAAGCAUUGAGAAUGAUGUGGUGGAACGGAUGCGCAAGGAGUGCCGUGAUAAAACGGGUCGAGGAUGCUUUGAAAUGUACGGUCUAGAUCUGAUGGUAGAUGAUCAGCACAACGUGCGUCUUAUUGAAGUAAACAUCAUGCCCUCUUUGGCAACAGGAACUCCGCUCGAUAAGGCCGUCAAGUCGCGUAUGUUGGCUCACCUACUAACACUUAUCCGCGUUAUACCGUACCAGCGCAACGCAACUGGGUGCACACCACCGGAUAUGGGUGAUUCAUCAGAGAGUCGACAGAAUGUUCGUUACCGCUUUGGUCGCCACCCGCAUGAGAAUGCAGAGCUGAUUCGAAAGCCGUUGUUGAGGCGUUUUAAUGAUUCCAAGGAACCUGAUUCCAUUCUCUCUACUGCCGAGUACCUUCUCUUGAUAGAGGCGGAGGAGGAGUUAGCAUGUGCAGGUGGUUUUCGCCGAAUUUUUCCCACAGCCGAGAAUGUGCUGACGUACCUGCCCUACUUCACGCAUGGCGUCCUCAGAAAUAAUUAUCUCCUUGCCUCAGCUGUGCGAAUGCAGGCAAAGGCGACAAUGUAA